CUAAAACAUUCUUUCUAAGAAUUUCUUUGUAUUUUGAGGUUAUUUCAGCGAAUCUGCGGCACUUACUUUUCAAAUUGGGCUUAUAAAAAAGAAGAAGAAGAAAAAAAGAUGGCGGCUUCCGGUGGUAAACAAUAUGGACUCAUUUUAUCCCAGAAGAGUGCUGUAAAAUCAGCCCCCCUCUCACGACCUUCUAUUUUUGGAGAUGAAUCUGAUGAUGAAACGUCUGUUGGUGAGAGUUUGCAAAAGGAAGCAAUAAAAAAAAAGAUGAUGAAGCAGACACGACUCGAGAUGCAGAAGGCUCUGGAAGAGGACAAAAGUGUUUAUGAGUAUGACAACGUGUACGAUGACAUCCAGAAGCAAAGACUUGAAAGCAAUAAGAAGCUGCUGGGAGGCACUGACAGAAAGCCCAAAUACAUAAACCAGCUAAUGCUUGCUGUAGAAGAAAGGAAGAAGGAGCAAGAGCGGCGCGAUGACAAAAAGAUACAGAAGGAGAGAGAGGCUGAGGGGGAAAGGUUUGCUGAUAAAGAAGCUUAUGUAACCUCGGCUUACCGGCAGAAGCUCAAAGAGCGCCAGGAAGAGCUAGAGAGAGAGAAGAGAGCAGCCGAGAUAGAGGCUGUCUUGGAUGUGAAGAAGCAGAAGGACCUGAGUGGAUUUUACAGACACCUUCUGAAUCAAACAGUUGGAGAAGAGCCUCUUCCUGAUCGUAGCGCUGACAGGCAAGAGAAAUCAAAGUCUCCUGUUAAAAUCUUGCCACCCCGAGCAAACGACAGUGAGGCAGAAUCUAAUGAGGAACAGAGCUCUUCUAAAGCAGAGUUCAGCAAAACCAGCACGAACAGCAGCCACUCCAAACGGCAAUACCGCCAGCGGUCUCCUUCAUCCGGCAGCGAAGACGAAAGAAAGAAGGAGAAGAAACGAGAGAAAGAGAAGCGCAGUCACCGAGAGAGAGAAAGAGCCCGUUCGAGGGAUAGAGAAAGAGAAGACCAGUACAGCCACAAGAAAGAGGAAUGGGAUGGCCACCGGAAAGAAAACCGCGACCAAGCCAGGGAGAAGGAUCGACAACGGGAGAGGGAUGGAGACAGAGGGCGAGAAAGAAGGGAUGGAGACAAAGACAGAGAAACGGAAGACAGACAUGGCAGGAGGAACAGAGCAGGCGGCGUGCAGGACAGACAGAGAGAUAGAGAAUACAACAAAACCGAUGUCAAAAAGGAACGAGAGAAGAAGGUGCAAGAAGACAGGAAAGAGAAAGAGAAGGACACACAGGCUUUACCGGUUCAGCAGGACAAAGACACACAGGCUAAAAAUGGUGCUCAAGCCAAAGCAGCUCAAGACCCCAGCAAAUUUGCGAAACGCAGCUGUGAACAGACUGUGAGCUCGGCCAGAGAGAGAUAUCUGGCCCGACAGCUGGCUCGCUCGGCUGCGAAGAGCUACGUCGAAAAAGAAGAUGAAUAAUGGUGUGCUCUAAGCAGAGACUUCACUGUAGAGAUAUUUGGAAGUUAGUAGAAGGCAUGAACAUGUCAAAAAACAAUUACUAAGAAAACAUUCUUGACGUUCCAAUUAUAGUAAAUCAGCCAAGACAUGUGUCUUCACUUUUGUUUUGUUUAGGGCUAAUAUACAGUCCCCUCCGAAACUAUUGGAACGGCAAGGCCAGUUCGUUUAUUUAUGCCAUACACUGAAGACAUUUGGGAUUGAGAUCAAAAGAUGGAUAUGAGACGAGCAUUUAUGAUUUCAGAUUUUAUCUCCUGGCAUUUACAUCUAGAUGUGUUAAACAACAUGAAACAUAGAACCUUUUGAAUCAGAUCACUCAAUUUUUAGGCAAGCAAAGUAUAGGAACAGAUAAGUGUUGAAGUAAAUUAAAGUAAAUAACACUUAAUAUUUGGUUGCAUAUCCCUCGCUUGCAAUAACUGCGUCAAGCCUAUGACUCACUGACAUCACGAAAUUGUUGGUUUCUUUUGUGAUGCUUUUCCAGGUUUUUACCGCAGCCUCUUUCAAUUAUUGUAUGCUUCGGGGCAGUUUCUCUCUUCAGUCUCAUCUUCAGGAGGUGAAAUGCUGCACAACUGGGUUAGGGUCUGGUGAUUGGCCAGUCUAAAACCUUCCACUUUUAACCCCUGAUAAAGUCCUUUGUUGAGUUGGCAGUGUGUUUUGGAUCAUAGUCUUACUACCUGCUAAAGUUCCUCCUGAUUAAUUUGGAUGGAUUUCUCUCUAAAUUUCUCUCUAAACUUCUAAAUUUAUUCUGCUGCUACCAUCAUGAGUUACAUCAUCAAUAAAGAUUAGUCAGCCUGUUCCAGACAAGCCAUGACACUACCUCCACCAUGCCUGACUGAUGAACUUGUAUGUUUUGGAUCAUGAGCAGAUCCUUUCUUUCUACACACUUUGGCCUUUCCAUCACUUUGGUAGAGGUUAAUCUUGGUUCCAGAACUUCUGUGUUUCCUCUAUGUGUUUCUUUGCAAAUUCCAAUCUGACCUUCUGAUUCUUACUGCUGAUGAGUGGUUUGCCUCUUUUGGUAUGGCCUCUAUAUUUUUGCUCUUAAAGUCUUUGAACGGUGGAUUUUGAUGCCUUUACCCCUGCUCUGUGAAGGUUGUCAGUGAUGUCAUUAACUGUUAUUUUUGGGUUUUUCUUCACAGCUCUCAAUGUUUGUCAUCAACUGCUGUCGUUUUCCAUGGCUGACCUGUUCUAUGUCUAGUUGUUAAUACAUCAGUGAUUUCUUUUUAUUUUUCAGGACAUUCCAAAUUAUUGUACUGGUUAUUCCCAAUACUGUGCAAAGGCCCUGAUAGAUUCUCACUCUUUUUCAGCAUCGAAAUGGCUUGCUUGCAUAGACAGCUCCCUUGUCUUCAUGUUGGGUUAUCCUUUUUAACAACAUAUGCAGUCUUCACAGGUGAAACCCAGGGCUCAAACCAUGUAGAUAUUCAGAGCUAUUAAUUCUUUAAACAACCAAUUUAACAGGACAAACCUGGGCAGUACGAAACACCUAUAUAUUUUUUUUUUUCUUUUACAAAUUUGAUUACUUGAAGAAUUUGGUGGGCUGAAACUAAAGCUGCCAUGUUCUAAGUUGUUUAACACAUGUAGGUUUAAAUAUGAGGUAAUGAAUGCUGAAAUUCUGAUCUGUUGUCUCGUACUCAUCUUUUGAUCUCAAACCUGAAUGUCUUCAAUGUAUAGCGAAAACAAUAGAAUCUGCCUUGCUGUUCCAGUUCUUUCAGAGGGUACUGUUUGUUUUUGUAAAAUAGCAGACAAAGCCUAAUUACAAAUUUUAGUUUGAAGUGAAAUUACAUUAUAUGAGCAGUUAGUUCUUGUGCGAUUUCUGAGCUCACCUCUUGUCAUGGCAGAUUUUUAUCCAAAUUAGAAGGAACUGAAUCUAGAUUUAUGUAUUGUUAAUUUACCCAUUGACAUGUACACUUUUAUAAGUUAAAAUAAAUACUUCUGAUAUCCCUAAA